GAAACAUUUUUAGUUAUGCUGGUUAAAAGUCUCCUCACAUCCUGAUAGCAAUCACUGUGUUAAGUUGUUUAAAUGUAUUUGUAGAAAUUGAUGUCAUCUGUGAAAGGCGUAGGACCAAAACAUUUUCAACCAAUAUAGAUUUCGGUCCGAACGGACGUUUCCUUUUUUGUCCCUCAUACGUAAGCGUAAUUUGAAUGCCCACCGCGCAGCGAGUCCACUCAGACACCAUACGUCAUCGGCCCGUUCACUUGCACUCACCUCCUGUCUGUACACAGCGAGAAUGGCAAACUUUUCUGCUGAAUUGACAACCUGCACAGAAGCCACAAACCGAAAGACAUCUUUUAUAACAACAACAGCCAAAACUGCCUGGAUCAGCCAAGAGGAAAUACCCAAAUUAACUUCGGCAACUUUACUGCUUUACCCCGAGAUGCAAACAGCUGCAGGAGGCAAAGGGUCUGAAAGGGUCGUUGUACUGUUUAUUUUGGUAAGUUACCCCUGAUCUGUCUCCAGAGACCCCCCUACUCGGAACCCUUUCAAUCCCUGCACCUCGACCCCAAGCAGCGGUCGCCUCCCUACCCACAGCCCCGCUAGCACGACCUCACAGAAAGCCCAGUGAGGCAGGCCAGGGCAGCCAGCCGACGCGCGGCAGCAUGGAGGUGGGUAUGCGUGUGGUCCGCGGCGUGGACUGGAAGUGGGCUAACCAGGAUGAUGGUGAAGGCCAUGUGGGCACGGUGGUGGAAAUUGGACGCCAGGGCAGCACCACCACACCUGACAAAACAGUGGUGGUGCAGUGGGACAGUGGAACUCGCACAAAUUAUCGGACCGGCUACCAGGGGGCCUAUGACCUGCUUCUGUACGAUAACGCACAGAUAGGUGUCCGACAUUCAAAUAUUAUUUGUGACAGCUGUAAGAAGCACGGGAUUAUGGGAAUGCGCUGGAAGUGUAAGGUGUGCUUUGACUAUGACCUGUGCACUCAGUGUUACAUGAACAAUAAGCAUGACCUUGCACAUGCCUUUGAGCGAUAUGAGACGGCACAUUCACAACCAGUGAUCCUGACGCCGAGACAGAACCUGUCCAGAAUCAUUCUGAAAGGAAUCUUCCAGGGUGUAAAGGUGGUCCGGGGACCCGACUGGGAUUGGGGUAACCAAGACGGAGGUGAGGGAAAGGUUGGGAAGGUGGUGGAUAUCCGUGGAUGGGAUCAGGAAUCGGGUCGUAGCGUGGCUAGUGUUACAUGGUCCAACGGAACCACAAACGUCUACAGAAUGGGUCACAAAGGGAAGGUGGACCUCAAAUACGUCUCUGAUGUUCAAGGAGGAUUCUACUACAAAGAACAUCUGCCCAAAUUAGGUGAGCACGCUGAGCUGCAGCGACAGGAGAGUGCAGACAGUCACUCAUUUCAGCAGGGUGAUAAAGUCAAGUGCCUGUUGGAGGUGGACAUCCUCAGGCAAAUGCAGGAGGGACACGGAGGCUGGAACCCGAAGAUGGCAGAGUACAUCUCCAGAAUUGGCACCGUUCACAGGAUAACAGACCGUGGUGAUGUCCGAGUGCAGUAUAGUAACAAUAUCCGCUGGACGUUUCAUCCUGGAGCUCUCACUAAGGUAAAUACAUUUGCUGUAGGGGAACUGGUAAAGGUUCUUGAUGACAUUGAGUGUGUGAAGAGGCUACAGGUUGGACAUGGAGAGUGGACAGACAGCAUGGCUCCAGCUUUGGGUCAGGUUGGGAAGGUGUUGAAGUUGUAUGCAGACGGAGACCUGCGUGUGGCAUUUGGAGGUCAGACUUGGACCUUUAACCCCGCGUGUUUGUCUGCUCAGCCCGGUGAGGUGGAUGCCAAUCUAAUGACUGCUGAAAACUCCACCGAAUCAGGAAGUACGGUCAUUUCAGUGCUGGAGAAGCUUCUGUCUCAGUCCACAGAGCAGGAUCAUCCAGGUCGCCUGGUCAUUGAGGCGGCACACGGGAGUGCUGUUAAAGUGCGGGAACUCGUGCAGAAAUACCCGGACAAGGUGGAUAUAAAGAAUCAGGGUAAGACCGCACUACAGGUAGCUGCCCAUCAGGGUCAUGUGGAGGUGGUGAAGGUUCUCCUGCAGGCCAACAGCAGCAUUGAAGCUAAAGAUGAGGACGGAGACGCAGCGCUACACUACACAGCCUUUGGAAAUCAGGCUGAGAUAGCACGUUUACUUCUCAGUAAAGGAGCCAGUGUAAAUCUGCUGAAUAACUCCAUGUGUACGGCCCUUCACAUCGCUGUCAAUAAAGGUUUCACAGAUGUCGUGAGAGUGUUGAACGAGCACUCAGCUGACGUCAACCUGCAGGAUUCAUAUGGAGAUACAGCCUUACAUGAUGCCAUAGCUAAAGACUUUAGGAGCAUCAUUGAGAUUCUGACUGUGGUGCCCAACAUUGAUUUCACCAAACAGAACAACCGAGGCUUUAACCUGCUGCAUCACGCUGCGCUAAAGGGCAACAAACUAGCAACAGAGAUGAUCUUGGCUCGAGCAAGACAGCUUGCAGAUGUGAAGAAGGAAGAUGGUUUCUCUGCACUGCAUCUGGCUGCACUAAACAACCACCGGGAUGUAGCUGAGAUUCUCCUUAAAGAGGGUCGCUGUGACAUCAACAUUCGUAACAAUCGCAAUCAGACACCUCUGCAGUUGGCUGUGACUCAGGGUCACGUGGCUCUAGUGGCCUUGCUGGUGACAGAGGGGGCGGACGUCAACGCGGAGGAUGAAGAUGGAGACACAGCGAUGCACACGGCUCUCAGCCGACAGCAGCUGACCACUGUCAUGAGCAGCGGUGAGGGCGAGGGCUCGGUGCUGUACAGCAGGUUGUGUAGCUCAGGGCUGAUGGGAAACACAGAACUGAAUGUUGGUGCUGCCAUUGCCUGCUUCCUGGCACAAGAAGGAGCCGAUAUUAACUAUGCCAAUCAUAAAGGUAAAAGCCCACUAGACCUGAUGACGGACACCACUAUACAACAACUCAUCCGGAGCUUCGCUGAGAAACACAGACUUCAGGCUGUCACGUCUGGCACUGGAACGAGCAGCAGUAGUCUCAGACGGGUGAACACCACACCCAACACCAUGACCAACCUGACCAUGCCCAGUGUUAUGGGACCCAGCGAGUGCCUCAUCUGCUCUGAGCUCGCUCUUCUUGUACUGUUCUCUCCAUGUCAACAUAGUGUCGCCUGUGAGGAAUGUGCUCACAGAAUGAAGAAAUGUAUUCGGUGCCAGGUGACAAUAACAAAAAAAAUCCGUCAAGAUCAAACCGAGGUGGAGUGCAGUCCCAGCUCAGAGAACUCCGAGCAUCAUAACCUGUUGGAACAGCUGCAGUCGCGCUACCGGCAGAUGGAGGAGCGAAUAACCUGCCCCAUCUGCAUCGAUAACCAAAUUAAGCUCGUGUUUCAAUGCGGCCACGCAUCCUGCAUCGACUGCAGCGCCGCCCUCAAGACCUGCCCUAUCUGCAGACAGGCCAUCCGUGAAAGGAUCCAGCUGUUUGUCUGACGCACGGCAGACAGGUUUUUCUCGUAGAAGUCACAUGGCCGUUCUUCAAACGGGAUGAAGGAGGUUGCCUAUCUGUGCUUUAUAGUCUGUCGAGCAUCAUCAUUUAGAGACAGUGCUAGACUGUGCCGCCCACUUGUACCGGACCGAAGGAUUUGAGCGGACUGAGAUGCCGAGUCGAAGACCGCGUUUGGUUUUGCUUGAGAAUAUGUAACCGACUGGGGGUUAUCAUCGACUGUUGUUUGACUGAAGAACGUUGGACAUGGCUGUGGAUUUGUCCAAUGUUUCUUCGGUCAUCUGGGUAGUGUGAUCAAAUCUUUAUCAGUGUUCUGAGCAGAAUUUAAAUGAUCUGAUAUACUCCACGCUGCAAAGCUUAGAUUAUAGCAAACAAAAUACACGGCAUGUGCGCUUUAAUCGUACAGUAAGCUGUGACAUCAGCCCUACACUAAAACAAGCUUAGUUGUUUAGCUUAUUCUCACAAAACCUGAACAAACAGAGCAAGUUUGGUUACAUUUCACCCUAAAAACAAAAGGAAAUUUUUUGUUGCAAUGUUUAUUAUUAUAAUGUUUAUUUAUUUGUCAACCCAAAUUAUUGUUACUAUAAGUAAGGUAUAAUUGACGACAGGCCAUUAAAUCAUAACAAAAUAUUUGUGGGGUGCCGUUAAACCGCAGGUGUGCAUUAUUUUCGAAUAAUAAAAGGACCGGAGUCAAUUAUUCCACUUAUACCAAGGUUAGGUGUGCGGUUAUUGAAAAAUAAUCAACACCCAUGAAACAUUUCUCAACCAGUCAGAAUAAAGCAUUCAACAGCCCCGUGGUAUAAAUCCCAUUAUUAAAAAGCGAAGCGAAGUCACAUUGCAAUGAAACCAUAACGGUCCUAAAACACGCAAAGUAUUAUUUAAUAUAAUUAACAUAGAUAUAAAAUAUCAGUUAUAAUUCAAAAAAUGUAUUUAAAAAUAUAAUGAAAAGAAUUGUUCUCAUUUUUGUCUUUUGAUUUUAGUUUAAACUUCAGCUCCACUAAACUUGGGCUGCAUACAGCUAAUAAUUUGCAGAAUAAAAGUUUUUGUUUAUAUCAUAUGUGUGUGUGUAUUGUGUAUAAUAAUUCUGUAUAUAUAAAUAAACACACACAUGCAUGUAUAAUUUUAAGACAAAAAUUUUAUAUAUUAAGUAUUCAUAUGUGUAUAUACAAUUUGAAUGGUAUAUAAAAAUGUAUAUACACAUGUAAAUAUUUCUUAAAUAUAUACAUGCAUUUGUGUGAGUGUUUAUAUAUACAGAAUUAUUAUUUACAGUACACACACACAUAUGAUAUAAAAAAAAAACUUUUAUACUGCAAAUGAUUAGGUUUGAUAGUUGUUAUGCAGCCCUACUGAAAACAUCCAGAGAUAAAUGAAAGCCACAAUAAAGUACAGCAGACAUAAGAAAAGUACAGUCAUUGAUAAUCUCCGCACUGUUUUUGUCGCUUAAAAAGGUUUUGUUUGUCAAAGGGUGAUGUUGUACAGCUGCCUGUACCAUAUGCCUGUACCGUAUCAUUCGCAGAUCUAGAACUUACAGACGCUUUCCACAAGCAAGUGAUAUACAUACAGUAAUGCAUGCUGGUGAGCAUAAUAUCUAUGUCAUAUAUUAUGUCAUGGAAAAGCCAUUCGUAGACUUAUAAGUACCGGCGUUCUGACUGUAAUUUCUACUCACGUGUGAUGAUGGCUGUGUGUCUUUGCGAGGGUCUGACAGAGAGUUUUUGAGACCCUCAAUAUUAAUCUAGUAGAAUCGUUUAUAUGCAAGUUGCUCACAUAACGGCAAGAGGCCUCCAAACUCGUCCCCAUUUCUUCUGUAAACUUUACACAAACUCUUUACAAACUUGUGUAAACUUUACAAUUGCAUCCAUUGGCAUUGCAUGAAAUGACAUGAUAUGAUAUACAGGAUUUGUUAACCUCAUAUAGCAUCACUUGGAUGUGACCAUUUUAAGGACACUCUGAUUUAAAAAAGAACAGCGAAUAUGAACUCUUCAAGGUUGUGAGGGAUUAAAAACAUUGAUUUACGAUUAAAAGUAUAUGCUAUCAUCAGGUGAGGGCUCGUUUUAUUCCCUGUAGCUUUUUAAUCAGACUGCCAGAGGCCUUUGUGCUUGGAUUUCCUGAGUGUUAAUGGAAUAGUUGCAAAAAUGAAUCUUUUGUCAUUAUGUCCUCAUGCUUAUGUUGUUCUCUUUUUUGCCGGUGUCUACACAGAAUUUUUCAAUCAUUAUGCAGUUCUUUUUAUGCUUCAUAAAGGAACAUAGUUACUAAGAAUAACCAUAAAAAUGAUUUAGUUAGUAGGUGGGUGGACAGGAAGGUAUGAGUUGCUCAAGUUUUGAAUUUAAGAAAAAUAGAUUCACUGAUAAUCAUCCUCUAC